AUGAGAGACACAAUCGAAACUGACAGGCUGAUUCUAAGCCGACACACGGUGGCGGACUUUGAAGAUUCGGUGGCUCUGUGGAACGACGAGGAGACGGUCAAGUUCUGCGGAGGAGCCCGACCUCGAGCCACCGUCUGGACCAAACUCUUGUACCAUCGAGGACACUGGGAUCACUACGGAUACGGCUGUUACGUGGUCCGGCUUAAAGAGAUGGGCGAGUAUCUCGGAGAGAUUGGCACCAACCAUUUCAUGCGAGACUCGGACCCGGCCUACUCGCCCCUCAUGCCGGAAGCGGGCUGGGUCGUGAACCCCAAGUACCACGGCAAGGGUAUUGCCACAGAGGCGCUGACGGCCAUUUUCAAGGAGGCCGAUGCGUCUGAAAAGAUUACCCACCCCAUCUGCUGCAUCAUCGACCACGGGGAAAACGAGCCCUCUAGAGCCAUUGCCCGAAAGUUUGGUUUCAAGCAACAGCCGGGAACCGUCAAGCUGGGGGAUGAGGAGGUGGACCUGUGGAUUCGGGAGAAACGGAACUAG